ACUGGCCGAAGCCCAAAACUGAUGGAAAUGUUACGCAUUUCACCCGGUCUUCGUUGCACAAUUAUAAAAUAAUCAGACGGGUGUCCCCAAUACUGCAGAUAAAAUUUCACGUUCCUCUUCCUCCUCCCAGAAGAGGCAGAGGAAACAACCCAUAGAUCUAUUCACCCCCUCCCAGGAGCUGUAGGAAGGGGAGGAGAGAGGCGGCCUCCACGCUGCGCAAGGGGCGGCGCUGCGGCCGGGUACGCACGGCCUCUGCCCAGCUGAAUUCGGCCGCUACUCCCGGGCACCUCUCGGCUCUGCGGCGUGGAACACAGGAAGACAUGGCUGGCCAGGUUAUAAAAUGCAAGGCUGCUGUGGCCUGGGAAGCUGGCAAACCUCUUUCUAUAGAGGAAAUCGAAGUUGCACCACCAAGAGCUCAUGAAGUUCGAAUUAAGAUUCUUGCCACUGCUGUUUGCCAUACUGAUGCUUAUACUCUGAGUGGGGCAGAUCCAGAAGGGUGUUUUCCAGUGAUUUUGGGACACGAAGGAGCUGGAAUCGUGGAGAGUGUUGGUGAAGGAGUAACUAAGCUCCAACCAGGUGACACUGUCAUCCCACUUUAUAUCCCACAGUGUGGAGAAUGCAAAUUUUGUAGGAAUCCUAAAACAAACCUUUGCCAGAAGAUAAGAGUUACCCAAGGGAAAGGAUUGAUGCCUGAUAAUACAAGCCGGUUUACCUGUAAAGGGAAGCAAAUUUUUCAUUUCAUGGGGACCAGCACAUUUUCUGAAUACACAGUGGUGGCUGAUAUUUCUGUGGCUAAAAUUGAUCCUUUGGCACCUCUGGAUAAAGUUUGCCUGCUGGGUUGUGGCAUUUCAACUGGUUAUGGUGCUGCUAUCAACACUGCCAAGGUGGAGCCUGGCUCUACGUGUGCCAUCUUUGGCCUGGGAGGUGUUGGCUUGGCUGUGAUCAUGGGCUGCAAGGUGGCAGGGGCUUCCCGCAUCAUUGGGAUAGAUAUCAACAAAGACAAAUUUGCAAAGGCUAAGGAGUUUGGAGCCACCGAAUGUAUUAACCCUCAAGAUUUUAAGAAGCCAAUCCAGGAAGUGCUGGUAGAAAUGACUGAUGGUGGAGUUGAUUUUUCUUUUGAAUGUAUUGGUAAUGUUGGAGUCAUGAGAGCAGCCUUGGAAGCUUGCCACAAAGGAUGGGGAGUCAGUGUGGUGGUUGGCGUAGCUGCUUCAGGUCAGGAGAUCUCCACUCGUCCAUUUCAGCUGGUAACGGGCCGUACUUGGAAAGGGACAGCCUUUGGAGGAUGGAAAAGUGUAGAAAGUGUUCCAAAAUUGGUGUCGGAAUACAUGUCAAAGAAGAUUAAAGUUGAUGAAUUUGUGACUCACAACCUGCCUUUUGAACAAAUUAAUGAAGCCUUUGAGUUGAUGCACACAGGAAAGAGCAUUCGAAGUGUGUUGAAGAUGUAAAUGUUGAGAGCAGAAUGUGAUCAUCUCUAAGCUACUUGAGCCUCUCUAUAUUAAUAGACAUAAAGCUAAAGACUGACCAGCAUUUCCUCCUGCUUUAGUUAUCUGAUCUUGUGAAUAAUAAUUUUAUAUAAUUCAUGAUAUUACUGUUGAAUGUCAGUAGGAUCACAGAUCUAUUUUCUAAUCUCUACAGGGAUUUUUAUUGAUCUAAUUAUAGGUUGCCUUGAGAUAAAAUGAUUUCUCCACUGCUGUUUUUAUAAAAGCUUUGUUUUUUUUCUCAUAUUUUGCUAAAGGAGACAUUGUAGUCUAGUGUAUAGAGAGGCAGCCUUAAAAGUUGGAAAUUUUGCUGCUGACAGUGUUUCCAGCGAUUCUUUGAUUAUAAAUUACAAAUAAUAAUAAUGAUGGUGGUAAUAACUAGCAUUUAUGUAGCAGUUUAAAAUUUACAGGCCACUUAACAAAUAAUCUUAUUUGAUCCUCACAACAACCUGAGAAGUAAGUUAGGAAACUAAGGCAGACAGGUUAAGUGACUUACCCAGGGAUAUACAGCUAGUAAGUAUGGCCGUAUUUGAUGGCCUCCUAAUUCCAAAUCUGGCACCCUAUGCACUAUGGAACCACCUGCUUAUUUAGAAAUUUAGAAAGGGCCAUAGAAAUUAUCUAGCCCAAUUCUGAUCUCUUUACAAAUGAAGAUACAAAAGUGGCACAAUGGAGUUGGAGAUUCUGGGUUCAAAUCCCACCUCUGCCAGUGUAUUUGCUAUUAACCUUGGAUAAGUCAUGUCAGGGCUAGACUAGAUAACCUCUAAGGUCCCUUUAUAAUUAUAUGAUCUUUUGAUGAGUUUAAUUUUUAAAUUGGGUGAAGUCAAGGGAGCAAAGUGACCAAGAUAGCCCCAAUAAAAAUGAGAGAGCUGAAAGGGACCUUGAAGGCCAUCAAUUCCAACUGCCACCUUUUACAUGUGAGGAAACUAAGACACAGUGAGAUUAAUGUUCCCAUGGGUAUUAAGGAUCUGAAUUGGCAUUUGAAUCCAGGCAUUUUUAACUUCCAAGUCACAACAACAGCUUAUAGCAGGGACUAAAGUUACCACUUAAGUUAAUGAAGGUAUCCAAGUGACCUAACCACUACCAACAUGGGACCAUACCAGCUUUUGAGAUAUGGUCCCCCAAGAUCAAUAGCAGAGAACUUCUUUUCCUAGUCUGACUUUCCUAAGAUUGGUGAAAAAGGGCCUUCUCAAGUCCUUAGCAAGACUCUUCUUUUAAAAUAUAUGAAGGCAUUUUCUACUAGACUCAUUAAAAAUAUUCCUGGUGACUGUGUUCCUUUGAUAUAUGUUUCCCAAGGCUCACAAACUUGAUUUGGCUUUUUUUUUUUUAAUUAAGAAUUUGUAAGGAUGCAGAUGGUACUCAAUAGCUGGUAUACUUGCAAGCCGUUCUCUCAAAAUAGAAGAAUUUUUCAGUUAUGCUGAAUUAAAACAAAUGUUGGUUCUAUGGGAGGAGUGUUAAUUCAAAGGCAAAUAUGCAAAUCAUUCAUGAAAAUAAAAAUUAGCUCAUUCAGAUCAUUAUAUUUUAUUAAGAAGUUUGAUUCAACAAUUUCUGACAAAAAUAAAAGAUAAUAAACUUUAAAAUUUAUUAAAUAUAUAAAAAUAUAUUUAAAAUGUAUUUACAUAUGCCCAGGGCUAAAGUUUAUGAGAAGGCUAAAAUAAACACACGAUGGACCAAUAACUUUAAAAAAAAAAAAAAAAAAAACACUUCCCAAAGUCCUGUUAGACUAGUUUGGCUAAAAUUGAAUCUCUUGGUUGAGCAGAGAGCUAUAAGAAUCUAAGUCUCCUGCCUAGCCCACGUUUCAAGAUCAAGCAAUGAAAAAAGUACUUUGUAUAUGUUAGGCUUUCCUAGAUACUGAAGAUACAAAGAUAAAUAAUUCCUAUUCUUAAGAAGCUUUUGUUCUAUUGGGGAGAAAGCAUACAUAUAUAAGUAUAUAUGGAAUAAAUUUAGGGCAAAAGAAUGCUAAGAGCUGGGGGAUCAGGAUAGCUUUAGGUACAAGUUAGUACUAGAAUGCACCUUGGAAGAGAAAAGAGAUUCUGCCAGUCAGAGAUAACAAGGAGAUUCAUUCUAGGGAAUGCAUUGUGCAUUUGGGAAUGACCAGUACAAAGGUAUGGAGAUGGGAAAUUGACUGGUUUGUGAGGAACUCAAAGAAAGCUGCCUUGAGAAAGAAUAAGGUUACGAGGGAACAUGGAGCUCUUCAAGACAGAAAAAUCCAUACACACACAAAAUACCCCUAAAUAAGAAGCAGUCAUAGACUGCUUUAUUAUAUUAUUUGCAAUAAUAUAGUAACUAGUGCCUCCAAAUUGUCUUCUGUUUCAGUUUUAUAAUUUUUUCCCAAACUUCAGAUAUACCACCAACUUCCCAGUCAUCCAGAUGUGAUUCUGGAUCCUCACUCUCACCCCCCACACCAAGGGCUGUCAAUUUAUACUUUAUUAACAUUUCUCAAAAGUAUCUUCUUCCUUCUGCCUUGAUGCAGGUUCCCAUAACCUGAGCCACUGCAAUAGGGUGCUAGUGUGUCAACUUGCCUCAACUCUCUCCUCACUUCAUACUCACACACACACACAAACACACAAUCCAAGUAGUAUCCAAUCACCUUCAGGAAUAAAAUAUAUAAAAUCCUGAUUUUUGACAAAGUCUUUUAUGAGGUGCUCUUCGCACCUUUCCAGUCUUCUUACCUCUUAACUUAAACCCCUGUGAAUCCUGAGAUUUCCUUUCUAUUUCUUAAGAUACUCCUUUUUCAGACUCAGAGUUUUCAUUGGCUGUCCCCCUUUACCCACCUACAUGUUCUCCCUCCUUAUCUCCACCUCCUGGACUUCCAUAGCUUCCUUCAAGUCCCAUAUAAAAUCCCAAUUUCUCUAGGAAGUCUUUUGUGAUCUCAAUUCAAGUAUCAUUACUCAUUAGUUGGUUAUUUCCAAUUUAGACUAUAUAUAGCCUGUUUAUACAAAAUUAUUUGUACUCUUGCCUCCCCCAUUAGAGUUCUUUGAGAAGAGGGACUAUUUUCCUCUGUUCUUUAUAUCCCUAGAGCUGAGAGAAAUGAUUAAUCAGUUAAUAUUGGAGGAGAUCCAGGUUCUCCUUUUCGAUUUCCUCAUUUAAUUACUAAGUCAAAGCAACCUCUGAAGGACAGGCUGAUGAUGAGAUUGGAUUAAAUCUUGGGCAAGACCCCAUCCAAAUGGAAAAGCUUAGUUCUGAUUAAAGGGUAAAAACCAUCUUAGGGAAUUCUGGCCCAUUGUUCAACUGCCAAAGUGGUAUGGAUGGAGAAUAGAUGCUUUUGUAGAGAUUGUUCAUACAGAGCGCUGAAUGUGGAAAUAAGUCUAUACAAAAGUGACAUAAGCAAAGUCAAGAUUCCCCUUACCCCUCAUUAGAAUAAUCCCACUUCAUUAUAAUAUUCAUUCUUUCAUUAAUUGUUAACCAGAAUUCAUUGCUGUCAGGAACACUCAGUCUCCAAGAAUAUUUAAAUCUUCAGUGUCUUUCCCUCUCCCUCAGGGUUAUCAUUGGUUUAUGAAAGAAAACCACUGAUCUCAAUCUAUUAAUUAUUUACUAGCCAUAAUUAAUAAAUUUAUUGUUAAUUACCCAGAAA